GGGCGUGUGUGUGUCCAUUGUCAUCUGUUACAUUCCCACGAACACAAAUUUGUCCGCAAAGACGAAGUCACACACAAGAAGAAUUCUGCACACUCUCGCCUUGUUUAUCCAGCAACACCAUGCCUGGUAAAGUCGUUCUCCUGGGACUCCUGCUCGUCUUUAUGGCUGCAGCUGCCGAGGGAAGCGGGAGACAGCCGUCUUGUCUGCCUUCGGGGACCAAGGCGUGCCCUCUGAACCUUGCCCCUGUGUGUGGCAGUGAUGGAGUCACCUACCCCAAUGAGUGCAGCCUCUGUGUCACGAUUGAAGAACUCAAACAGCCAAUUUCGAUUGUCCACGACGGGAAAUGCUAACCUGCACAGGAAGUGAUGUCACCACUAACGGGACCAGUCACAUUCAGCUCAAGUGGCCCUGACUAUUUUCUCAGUGUUACCAUGACAAUGUGGCCUUAACUGCUGUAAAUGUCUGUUUGGUUGGCGUGAGAAAUAAACAUCUGUCAGCAGAAGAAAAAAUU